CUGGAGUUCAGAGUAAUCAGGACAGUUACUUGGAGCUGUCGACCCUGGCUUCCUCUGAGAGGUGACAAAGGCAGUCAUCCUGGAUUAGGGGCACGUCUGCAUGUUCCCUCGAAGAUUCCUUCCUCCGGGGCUGCUGAGCACAAGCCAGAGAGCAGGGGGCCAGGGCAGAAACUGAGACCACCUGGAAGAGGAGUCUAGGCCAAUUCGCCUGCAUUUCUCCCACAGGGAACUGUCGACAUGAAGACCCUUCUGUUGUUGGCCUUGACCAUGGCCUUUGGCCUGCUGCAGAUGCAGACCCACGGGAGUCUGGUGGAUUUCCAUAAAAUGAUCUUUUUGGCGACAAGAAAGGAAGCUGUGUCUAGUUAUGCCUUCUAUGGUUGCCACUGCGGUAUGGGCGGCAAAGGAUCCCCCAAGGAUGCGACGGAUCGGUGCUGCGCCAGGCACGACUGCUGCUACUACCAUCUGCAGAAACGAGGUUGUGGCACCAAGUUUCUGGGCUACAAGUUUUCUUACCAGAAGGGCCAAAUCAUCUGCGCAAAGCAGGACUCCUGCAGGAGCCGACUGUGCCAGUGCGAUAAAGUAGCUGCCACGUGUUUUGCGAAAGCCCGGAAGAGCUACAGCAGGAAGUACCAAUACUACAGCAACAAGAAGUGCAGUGGGAAGUCCCCCAAGUGCUGAGGGCUGCCUCGCCCUGGAAGCCCCCGCCGCCAGGCCGGGUUCCCUUCUCUGCCCGCCACCCCUUCUGCACCCUAGCUAGUCCCCCGGCAAUGAAGCAAGGACAGAAACACCUGUCUCCCAUCCUGGAGACAAGCCAAGAGCCCUUCGGUCCCCAGAUAGAAGACUUCCACCCGGAAUGAGAAGCCCUGAGGCUGGCGUUCCUGGCACCUUGUCCCCCUCUUCCUCGGGUGGCAGGAGAUGUCCCCAUUGCCCCUGCUCUCCAAGUGCUGCUUCCUGCUGAGCAGUGGCAGCUACACUCCCAGGGGCUCUUCUGAAUAAAGCAAUUCAUUGGCA